AUGACUAUACCUGGCACUAUUAAGAGUGACAUAUACAAGUCAGGCAUUAGGGAACUGGCACUGCUGUGUGUCGACUGCCACGUCACGCGUCGUGUGGCCAUCCAGAGCCAAUCAAAUCUAAGUAUUUAUUGGCGUGUUUCGACCAUGACAUAUAAGCCAAUUGCAGGUCCAACAAGGAUAGUUUGGGCAGCCGUGGGAUCCCCAGCUGACCUCUUCUGUAACAUGACCUCGCCCAUUCCUGGCGACCCAGCGUUACUAGUCCUCUGGUACAAAAAUGGCAUCCACAAGCCCAUUUACAGCUACGACGCGAGGAACCGUCCGGCAAGCCACUGGGAGAAUCCCUCACACUUCAAGGACCGCGCAGUCUUCAACGUCGAGACAGACACGCUGAUGCUCAAGCAGGCGCAGGCAGAGGACCAAGGAACCUACAGGUGUCGCGUCGAUUUCCGCACCAACCCGACCCUCACCUUCACCACCAAUCUCACUGUUAUAGUUCCGCCAAGGAGGCUCACCGUCUAUACAGACAUGAACGUCGAGGCGAGGAGGUCCGUCGGCCCCUACCUGGAGGGGGAGACCUUGAGACUCACCUGCAAGGCCUUCGGAGGAUCGCCGCCCCCGAGAGUCACCUGGUGGGAAGGGGCAUUGCUCUUGGACAUGACGCCCGAAGUGGAGACUCUUGACGAAGUAUCUAACACGCUGGUCGUCCCGUCCCUCUCGCGGCGGGACCUGAAUCGGGCCCUGACUUGCCACGCCCAGAACUCCAACCUGACAGAGCCCCUGACCACGACGCUCACCCUCGACAUGAACUUUCCUCCCCUGUGGGCCCGCUUCGAGAGAACAUUCGAGGCUCUGAGUGCCAACGUAGCUUACUCGAUUGUGUGUGAAAGUGCCGGCUCUCGUCCUCCUCCCCUCAUCACCUGGCGCCUCCAUGACACUAUACUCACCACACACACCGAGACGACAAGCCACGAGGGAAACUUGACAACCAGCGAGUUAAAAUGGACACCCACAGUAGGGGAUGUGGGGAAGGUUUUGUCGUGUCAGGCCGAGAGUGAGAAGAUCGCUUAUCCUCCUCUGAUUGUGGAGUGGCACCUCGAUAUCUACUAUACGCCCAUCACGAUCCUGAAGCCGGGGAAAUCACUCAAUCUAAGCAACAUUGAAGAAGGAGAUGACGUGUAUUUCGAGUGCUCCAUCCAGGCCAAUCCUUGGGUUUACAAGAUCAUUUGGUUGCAUGAGCUCCGAGAGCUGCACCACAACGUGUCUGCGGGCGUGAUCAUCAGCAACCAGAGUCUCGUCCUGCAGAGGGUGACGCGAGCGGCCACGGGCAACUACUACUGCGUCGCCUCCAACGUUGAGGGUGACGGGAAGUCGAACCCCAUCCUUCUGCGUGUUAAGUAUUCCCCCGUCUGUCGUAAUGAACAAAUGACGUACCACGGCGCCGCAAGGUAUGAACAGGUGAACAUUCCUUGCGAGUUGGAUGCGUUUCCGGAACCUCACUCUUUUCGAUGGACGUUCAACAACAGCGGUGAAAGCGUUGAGAUUCCGCAGACAAAGAUACACAGAUUAGGUUCUCGGUCGACGGUGAGCUACACACCCAACACGGAAUUGGACUAUGGCACGUUGCUCUGCUGGGGGACCAAUUCCGUGGGUUUGCAACGUCACCCUUGCGUCUUCCAUGUGUUUCCUGCGGGUCGACCCGAUCCCGUGCACAACUGCUCGGGUUUUAACCUCUCCGAAACGGUAGUGAAUGUGCGUUGUGUUGCUGGCUUUGAUGGCGGCCUCCCACAGACUUUCGUCCUCGAGCUGUACGAACCCCACACCAACAUUCUCGUGGCCAAUGCUACUAGUAUGGUGCCGAGGUUCGUGGUGGGCGGCCUGCAACAUGGGAUGACCUUCACAGCCGUCGUGUACUCAAGCAACGGCAAAGGGCGUGGUGAGAUGGUGUCCUUCAAAGUGUCCCCUCAAGGGCGUUUUCAGAGAAAGCGAACGGGGGACACGGUGGUGAGCGGCCAGGACGACGGCGGGGGGGCGUGCCAGGCCAAGACGACGGCGACGGGGGCGGUCAAGGAGUUCCCCCCGCCCCCCGCCUCCCCCAGGGACGCCGACGAGAAGAACCCGGACGUCAUCCCUCUGUCAGAUUCGGACUCGUGGAACAUGGAGGUUGUGAAUACUAUUAGCACAGCGUCGUUACCCUCUACUUACGUAACAUUACCCAGAUCGUCCCGAGGUUGUAGCCAUGACAACUACCAGCAGGCCUGUGGAAGUACGGACGUCCAGUACGCGGAACUGCUUUUAAGCGGAGCUGUUGCCACGCCGGGCCCCCACCCCCGCAACCCCCGCCACGUCGUGUACGCCACGCUGGACGCCAAGAGCCAGCGCACCCACUUCCCGCCCCAACACAGCCAGCCAGCUUACCCACGCCCAGUCUCCGCCACCAACACGCCCACCCACGUGCUCCACCACCAACACCCGCCCAGCACGCACACUAUGUGCCAACCCUUAGUGGGCGGCGGGGAGGUGCACCACCACCCCCAGCAACACCAUCCGGUUCCCGCGGCACACCCACAGGGGAGUCACUGUCCCUGGACGACGGCCACGGCGACGCUGCCCCGACGACACUCCCUCAGGAGAGAUCCGACCCCCCGCGACGCCGAGGACAGCGUCCCGCUCAUGACCUCGCAGAAGGAGAGCUCGGUGUGAGGAAAGCAAGGGACCAGCGGCGCCUUUUCUAGAUGAGCGUUGGGCGUAUAUUCAUAGGACUUGUUUACCAUCGUACUUCCAUAUUCAGAUCUGACUCUGGUUUUCGGAUUUUGAAGUCGGAUUCAGUGACUUUCUUGAAAAUUUGUUUAAAAAAGGAGAGCGUUGAA